CCGCUGCUAGUCUGCGAAUCGAUAGCCAGCGUCUGGGCUCCACACGCACAUGCUGCUGCUGCUGCAGACAGGUCCGCUGGCCGACCCGCCCGGCGUCCGCCGCUUUCUAGCGCUGCCUGCUGCCUGUGGGAAAACCAGCUGAUCGCUCUUCUUCUGCGGUUUCCUCCCAUUUUGUCACUGUGCUUCACUUUUCAAGAGCGAGGAGGAAGUGCAGAAAAGCCGGCUCCUUCGCUCGCUCGCUCGCUCGCUCAUCCUCCCUCUCUCUCUCUCUCUCUAGCUCACACGCAUCCCCACCCACACCCUAGCAUCCACACUCUCUGCUACUCUCUCUCUCUCUCUCUCUCUCUCCAUCCCUUCUCUUUCCCCUCCAGCUACGUUGUGAACGCUUCCUCCGGGGUGGACAUGCUCUCCUGACCCGUCGUCUCCGGUCCUACGUUUUGUGGACGCUCUCCUGGUUGAUCCGCUGCCCGCCUGGUACUUUGUCGCUACCUGUGGAGGUUCUGUGCUUCUCUGGUUCCCCUCAGCCGUGUGUCACCCUGCAGAGGCACCAUGCUGGGUUUGGACGUGUGUGAGUUCGGGGGUCAGGUGCUGGAGCUGCUGUGGCUCACUGUGUGCUACAGAGGUCUAAUGGCUGACAAAAAGGAUCUGGCUCUCGAGGAUGAGGAGGACGAGAGAAACCUCAACUACAACCCUCCGGCCCAGAAGUCGUUGCAGGAGAUUCAGGAGCUGGACAAAGACGACGAGAGUCUGGUGAAGUACAAGCAGACGCUGCUGGGGCCCGGUCCAGUGGCAGCAGACCCUUCUGGGCCCAAUGUCCGAGUCACCAGACUGACCCUGUUGUGUGAUGAGGCUCCUGCACCGAUCGUCAUCGACCUGACGGGAGACCUGAGCGCGCUGAAGGAGAAGAGCUUCUUCUUACAGGAGGGAGCCAGAUACAGACUAAAGAUCCACUUCAAGGUCGACAGGGAAAUCGUGGCUGGAUUAAAAUACCAUCAUGUGACCUACAGAAAAGGAGUCAAAGUCGACAAGGUGUCCUACAUGGUGGGAAGUUACGGGCCGAGGGCGGAGGAGCAUGAGUUCAUCAGCCCGGUUGAUGAGGCUCCUAAAGGCAUGUUGUCACGUGGCCACUAUCAGAUCAAGUCGUGCUUCAUCGACGACGAUAAGAACAUCUACCUGGCCUGGGAGUGGAACCUCGACAUCAACAAGGACUGGAAUGAAUAGAGAGAAGGCGCCAGCGAGGGGUGAUUGCCCUCAACUCCCCCCCUCACCCACUUCCACCUCAUGGUGGUUAGGCAGCGUCGCCUAAUCAAGAGCCUGCAUCUCCUGAGUCGCCCUCAUCAUGAAAUCUCUAUACGCAAAUCUAAGGGAUUGUAGAAUUAACUAAAGUAUAAUGCAGUGAAACUCUCUAAAAGAGAAGUGAUGUGAUAUAAAUAUUAAAUACAGAGUCGUUUGUUGAAGGUUUAGUAGUAAAAGCUGUGUCACAGAGGCAAUAAAAGCUGUUGCUCCUCUGAGGUUUCACUCUUAAUCAUCAUCAUCUCCAAUGUGGAAUGCAAAUAAUCACACGGAAAGAAACACAGAACUGGGAGAGAUUCGUUAUAUUUAUGUUUUGAUCCCAUUGUGGAAGCUUUUCCUAUACAAUACAUUCAUCCCCCAUAUACUGUACAUAAUCACACUUAACUAAUUUAUUCAUCAGAUUUAUGAACGUCUGCUUGUCCCAUGAUGUAUUGUUUUAAAACGCAGUAAACAAGUAUAUUUUACAUCAUCCACAACAUUUUUUUACUACCGGUUAUGUGCUAUUACUGUUUUAGAACCCUCAUGUCUUGGAAUGAGGAUGUCCAACAUACAUUGGGAUGUUGGACAAUGUUGCUUGUUUUGACAAACGUUUUAAAAAGCACCUACUUUUUGAGUCUUUGUGGAGCUUUUGAGAAGAGCUGAGCCAUUGAAGACUGUAACUGAACUGUGUAUAUUGUAGAAAGACAUGCAUGUGCGUCCAUCAGGAUUUUAUGCGAUUUAUUUAGUGAAAAAACAAAAUUAGCUCUUUUUAAGAAAUAGGACCCAAGAUGUGAACAAAUCUCAAAAUUAAUGGAUGAUUUUAAGAUGGAAUCUGUUUGUUAAAGUAUAUUAAAGGAUGAAUUGAGUCCAAUUAAAAUAAAAAAUACAGAACUAUUGUGUAAAGUCUUUAGAUAUGAUAUUGUCAUUGUUGCUGAACAUACUGAACACCGUUUGAAAUCAUUGUGAGACUAACUGUAAACGUUGGCUUGUUGGGUGUUGCAUGGUUUAACAGGAUUUUCUCUUCCUUUUUUUACCACUUCAUUGUAAGAUUUAAUGUGAGAUAAAAAAUCGUUGCUGUUGCAAAAAAUGUCAGUGGUUGCCAGAUGUUGGAGUUCCAGUCUUUGCAGGGAUCAUGUUAAAGACUGAAUCUGUGUCUCAUCCUCCUCCAGCCUGUCAUUAAAUGCUGCAUCUUCACUGGUAUCAAAUGGUGAAGAUGCACUGGUGUCAAAUCCUGUAUCUUUUAAUAAAGGCAGUUGGACCAAAA